UUGUCUUUCAUUCUCUGUCAGCCUACUCCACCAAGCCUUCAUGAAUACACUCCACCAACUUGGGCCAAAGCUUGUCCGCACCAUCUUGGCUAUCGACUUACUGUACUCAAACUUGGUAUACAAAUGCUGGAAGAUGCAGUCGAUCUUGCUGGUUGCCCAACUCCCUCUACAAUCUCAACACAUUCUCUUCAUUCUCCUAGUUUAGCAGACACCUCUAAGGCAGACAAAACUCUUGAAUCGAAGGUAGACGAGGCUGAAGACACAAAUGAUGAAAAAAUUAAUGAGGGAAGUGUUGAAAAGGCGGUUGAUAGCGAUAGCGACUCGGUUGCUGAUGGCCUCGGCUACAGCUACUGUAUCCUCGGCCGUCAGCCCCGUAUCCUCGAUCCAGAUUCUGGUCUCAUUGGCCUUGCUGGUGAAGUGUCUAACAUUAGUGGGCAGCCAAUUGUGCUGGCCCAUCCUUCUGUCAGUCGGUGUCAUGCGGUGUUGCAAUACGGCAAUGGUCCCAGCCGACGAGGUCAUUCCGAAACUGUCGCGAAUGAUGAGGCACAGACUGAUUCUAAGUAUGGCUGGUAUAUAAUGGAUCUGGACAGUACACAUGGCACUCUUGUCAACAAGGUGAACUGA